GCCACUCCCGCGCCCUCCACUUCCCUCAGGCCUUCUGCUACUGUUCCCCCUCCCGACGAUCCCUUCCACGAGCGGGUUACUCUCCUCCGACGACAAUGGAAGUGGGCAGCAUUCAGCCAAUUCUUCUACACAUUCGCACCCCUCUUCGCGAUGAACGAUGUUAACUUGACGGACAUCGAGGAUGAUUUGACUCGUUCGACAUCCAUAGUGCUACCACGGAUCGUGCACCGGCUCUUGUUCACACUGUCGGGAGACAGGAAAUUAAACCUCGACAACUGGCAAACCGUUCUCCGCAAACAGUACUUUCGUCGCGACCCGGUAGCCAAUCCAAUUGGCCCCGAACCCGUCGUCUACGUAUCCACCCCCUCUCCUGAGCCACAAUCAUCCCCAGCCGAGGACGUGAAGGAACAUUCACAAAUGUCUACCGCGCACUCUCCGAUGCCAUUGGGACCUAUCAACGGGAACAUCACAUCUAAUAUGCAGGACCCGGACCCUGAACCUAAUCCUGAGCCCCUUAUAAUUGAACCCACACCUUCUCGUUCCGGGACCGAACUUCGCUUGAUCAAGGACGAGCCUCUUCCUACCGACCAGCUUGAUCGGGCUGCAGCAGAAGAGAGCAAGAACUGGCUCGACCUGCCCAUGCUCACUAAGUUGGACUCACUUCACUUGCUCACCGAAUGGCAAUUUCAGAAUACGAACCGCCUGAGACAAAUAAUGAAGGACGACGAUGAAACUGCUCAAUGGCGAGUUGAGCCUAUUGGUUACGAUGCGAAAACCAAUGCAUACUGGCUCAUUGGCCCCGACCGUCUUUGGAUACAGCGUGUUCUACCCAAGCCGCCGCGAACCUUGAAACGCAAACGACCCGCCCCUAAAGCCAGCCAGAAAGCCAAACGCGCGCGCGCCCCCGAAAUCUCCGAGUCAGAAUCCGAUCGCGAAGCCUCACCUGCAACCAAGAAACGCAGAGCGCCUGCUAAAUCCAAGCCUGCCCCUCCACCACCCUCUACUCCCGCGCGCGCCACUCGGGCGUAUCGCGGCGCACCCGCCGUCGAGGAUCCGCCGUCAGCUGGCCGAGGCUCGCGCGCGGCCAAGACGCAGGCAAACAUCAAGCUGGACGCACAGGCAAAGGAGUUGGCGGAGUUGCAGCGGCAAGCAGCGGCUGAGAGCAAGCGUGUGGGAAAACGUACCGCAGCAGCGGCAUCGUCAUAUGCUCCCCUCUCGACACACAGUCCGCGCAAAACGGCGGUGGGGACUCGGGUGAGUGCGAGGUUGAGGGGCGCUGCUACUGUCGAAGAUGAGUGGCAAGAGAUCCCGGCGGAGUGGCUCAAUGAGUCGGGUAAUCAAGUGGGCGAGGGGAGCGGAGGAGCGAGCAAGGCUGAGAGUGCUGGUGCGCAGGCGGAGAGCGCCGACUCGAAAAAGACUGAGAACCUCGCGCUGAGAACAGGGCUGGAGAGCGACGAUGACGCAGUCAGUGAGUUGACGGCGCUCAGCGACGAGACGGAUGAUCCUGCACCGGUCGAGCCACUGAAGAAACAGGCUUCCAAGCGGAAGGCUGGUAGCAAGAAGGCGACCAACUCAAGGUCACGGGGGAAGGGUCGGGGCACUGUCCGCCAAGCGUCUGCUCUGCAGUCUGCAGAAGAUACAAACAUCGAGGAACCAGAACUUGCAGAAGAACUAGAGCCUGAAUGGCACCCCCCGGAUGAUUUCGUCGAAUGGGAAACGAUCUGCGUCACAUUAUACGAUUGGGAGCACAUCGCUGAGCGGUUUGAGAAGGCAACACACUACCACGAGAAAGCAUUGUAUAAGAUGUUGAACGACUUUAUCAUACCGCCGAUCACUGCCGAACUUAGGGAAGCUGAGCAAAAGCGCCGCCUGGAAGAAGCAAUUACUCGCCGCAAGCGUUCGUCUAGACUUGCCAUUAAAGAAAGCGAGAAAGAAGAGAUACGUCUCGCUGCGGUCAGGAAGGCAGAGGAGGAAGAGAAGAGAAGCCGUGCAAAAAGAAUGGAGGCACGCCUGAAGCGAGAGGAAGAAGAGCGCGAGAAAAAAGAGAGUGCGAGGGAGAAGCGGCGGAGAGAGAGGGAAGAGCGAGAAGACAGAAAAUCGCAGAAAAGAAAGCUGGAGGAAAGCUCCAGUGCGAGUACACCCAUUGACGUCGUAGGAGAUGGUGCUUCCCGUAAUCAUGUAUCAGCCAAGAAAACAGGAAAAACGAGUAGUGCUAGUGGGUCGCGGACACCCGCUGGUGAAGACUGGGAAUUGGACUGCGAGAUCUGCCACAAAAGGGGUGUGAAUCAGGACGAUGGAGUCCCGCUCCUGUGCUGCGGCAAGUGUUCCAAGUGGCAACACAUCGCUUGCCACGACCAAGCUGACCGGGCAGCCGGACACCCAAGGCGCAACUGGGACACAGAAGAGUUCAUGUGCCGGCGGUGUCGGUUCCCAAGUGGGUACUCUGGAUCAAAUGACGUGCAGAGGACGAACGGCACCGGUGCCCCUGACUAUAACACUGGAGUCGGGAGGGCAUCCUACCAGGCUUUCCAGCCCGGUCUAGCGAGUCAGACGGCCUAUAGCUAUGGACAGACAAAUCCAUACGCUGCAAAAGACCCGCGGUAUGACCAGAGCUCUGCACGUAUGCAGGCGACGGGCUCGAGGCCAUAUCAUCAGCAGACAGCCUUCACUUUCACACAUUACCAGCCUCAGCAGCAAGGGUUCUCAACGACGCACCCUCAGCCACCAGCAUACUCUCCUGGUAGUAAUGGACAUGGCCAUGGCCCCAUAAAUGGGUCAAUGAAUCGGUCUGCGCCGUCCCAGCAGUUCACUCAUCGUCCGUAUAUGCCCGCCAUCUCAAAUGGCAAUCACCGGCCCACGGCGGCCGUUCAGGCGCAGCCGAGCAAAGCGGCACCAGGCUACGGCUCAAAUCCGAUGAAUCCUAUACCGACCAACGGCUACAGUCAGUACACCUCGAGCGCAGAACGGUCCUCGGUUGGGGCCUCUCAUGAGCAUGGUGGCGUCAACAUGAACGCCGCUGCGGCUCACCCCCAAUGGUCGCAAGCCCCGCCAUCAUCUUCGUAUCUCGGCCCUUCAGCAGGCCAGCCCAUCCAUCCAGCUCAUCAGUACGCCCCGGAGCAAUAUCAUUAUUCAUCUGGAUCUCAGCCUAGAUUAUCAUGAUGUGGCGUGGACUUUCCCCUAUUCGUCUUUUCCGAUUUUUUUGCUUGACUGUCCCAUCAUUUUUUUUUUUCAUUUCGUUCAGUUGAUUAUUCUUUCAAUAUUGUAUAUACUCGUGGGUCGGUAAUUGUGCCAUAUGGGGCUCUGCUGCGAUCAGCGAGGUGUGUACAAGGUACAGGAGGCGGUGUGCAUAAUGUUGUCUGUAAUUUAUCUCUGCAUACGGUCACUAGAUUCUCGAUUCUAACUGACAAUGAUUCUUCCUGGUUUUCUGUAUCCUACUCGCAGUGUAUCACCGUCAGUCGAGGUGCUAUUUGGAUCGGGACUGCAAAUGUGGAUGACUUGCACCAU